ACUAGGGGAUACCUCCCAGUUCAGACAUUCUUUGGGAAAAUAAAACAGGGCGGAGACAGCUGGAGAGGCGGGAGGGGAGGAGCCAGAAAACAAAGCGAGGACUGGCUUCAGGCCAACUCCAGUAGCACGCCCUGCCGGAGAGCCCUACAGGCCCGCGAACGCGGGUCGGGGAAGCUAACGAAAGACAGCACAUCGAAAGGAGCCUGGGCUGGGCCCGGGUCCCGGCCCUGAGGACCACGGGCAUAGCUCACCACCAUCACCGCGGGCGAGGGCCGUCCCUUCCCAGCGACGAAAUGACCCUUGCGCUGACGACCGUUACCUACCACACUCUUCGGCUGCCCGGACUUAGACCCUCAGUAGCUCGGGCACCUAAGCACACAGAAAGCUAAACACGCAUUUCCGGGGCGGGGUCUCGCCACCCUGCCUAUAAAGUGAGAAUUUAACUAGCGCGGGCCGCCUCCUGGUCGCUUAGCCCGCUGGGUAAGAGAGUCCAGGUCCUGCCGUUGAGCGGGCCUUAAGUCCCCGAGAAACUACAGAACCCAGCAUGCAACAAGGGUCCGAUUUCUCGCGCACACUACAUUUCCCAAAAGGCAGUGGCGCCGCAGUGGUUUCUGGGAUGGGAACCACGCCGCUUCCCAGCCUCAGUUCCAGGAGUGAAGCGCGGACCUUUCAACAAGAGCUUUAUUAAUUCCCACGCUUGGAUCUUGGAAAGAGAUGGAGGUGGCGGCUAAUUGCUCCCUGCGGGUGAAGAGACCUCUGUUGGACCCCCGCUUCGAGGGUUACAAGCUCUCUCUCGAGCCACUGCCCUGUUACCAGCUGGAACUUGACGCAGCUGUGGCAGAGGUAAAACUUCGUGAUGAUCAAUAUACACUGGAACACAUGCAUGCUUUUGGGAUGUAUAAUUACCUACACUGUGAUUCAUGGUAUCAAGACAGUGUCUACUAUAUUGAUAACCUUGGAAGAAUAAUGAAUUUAACAGUGAUGCUGGAUACUGCCUUAGGAAAACCACGAGAGGUGUUUCGACUACCUACAGAUUUGACGGCAUGCGAUAAUCGCCUUUGUGCAUCUAUCCAUUUCACAUCAUCCACCUGGGUUACCUUGUCAGAUGGAACUGGAAGAUUAUAUGUUAUUGGAACAGGUGAACGUGGAAAUAGUGCUUCUGAAAAAUGGGAGAUUAUGUUUAAUGAAGAGCUUGGGGAUCCUUUUAUCAUAAUUCACAGUAUCUCUUUGCUAAAAGCUGAAGAACAUUCCAUAGCUAUCUUAAUUCUUCGAAUAGAGAAAGAAGAAUUGGAUAUGAAAGGAAGUGGUUUCUAUGUUUCUCUGGAGUGGGUCACUAUCAGUAAGAAAAAUAAAGAUGGUAAAAAGUAUGAAAUUACUAAGCGUGAUAUUCUCCGUGGAAAAUCGGUGCCAAAUUAUGCUGCUAUUGAGCCAAAUGGAAAUGGUCUAAUGAUUGUCUCCUACAAGUCCUUCAAAUUUGUUCAGGUUGAUCAAGAUCUUGAAGAAAAGAUGAAUGAAGACAUGUCAGAGAAAAUCCAAGUAGAACCUCUGUAUUAUUGGCAACAAACUGAAGAUGAUUUGACAGUGACAGUACGGCUUCCAGAAAACAGCGUUAAAGAAGAUGUUCAUGUGCAGUUUUUACCUGAUCACAUCAACAUUAUGCUGAGGGAUUGCCAGUUAUUGGAAGGAAAGCUGUAUUCAUCUAUUGAUCAUGAAAGCAGUACAUGGAUAAUUAAAGAGAAUAAUAGCUUGGAGAUUUUCUUGAUUAAAAAGAAUGAAGGAUUGACAUGGCCUGAGCUAGUGGUUGGUGAUAAACAAGGGGAACUUAUAAGGGACUCAGCCCAAUGUGCUGCCAUAGCUGAACGUUUGAUGCAUUUGACUUCUGAAGAACUGAAUCCAAAUCCAGAUAAAGAAAAACCUCCUUGUAAUGCUCAAGAGUUAGAAGAAUGUGACAUUUUUUUUGAAGAGAGUUCCAGUUUAUGCAGAUUUGAUGGCAGUACAUUAAAAACUACUCAUGUGGUAAACCUUGGAAGCAACCAGUACCUUUUCUCUGUCGUAGUAGAUCCUAAAGAAAUGCCCUGCUUCUGUUUGCGCCAUGAUGUUGACGCCCUACUCUGGCAGCCACACUCCAGCAAACAAGAUGAUAUGUGGGAACACAUUGCAACUUUCAAUGCUCUAGGUUAUGUCCAAGCAUCAAAAAGAGACAAAAAAUUUUUUGCCUGUGCUCCAAAUUACUCCUAUGCAGCCCUUUGUGAGUGCCUUCGUCGAGUUUUCAUCUAUCGUCAGCCUACUCCCAUGUCCACUGUGCUUUACAACAGAAAGGAAGGCAGGCAUGUAGGGCAGGUUGCUAAGCAGCAAGUAGCUAGCCUAGAAACCAAUGAUCCUAUUUUAGGCUUUCAGGCAACAAAUGAGAGAUUAUUUGUUCUCACUACCAAAAACCUCUUUUUAAUAAAAGUAAAUACAGAGAAUUAAUUUUUCCAACAUGUUGACUUCUCUGUACUGGGAAAGUAUUCAGCAGUGACUAAAGGACUGGGUAGUUAUACCAUAACCUGUUAAGUUUUAAUAUAUUAAAAAUAUCUCAUAUGGAUUUUUUAUAUUUUAAAGGAUAUUAGAAAUGUAUUUAAAAGAUUAUGAUACUGUAAAAACUAUGGAAUGAAACUGCAGAUUUAGAAACAUUGGCGUCUGUAAAAAAAUGUAGUAUUGGCAAGUAUAAUUAUUUUUAAAAAACAAGCUAGAAUCUCAUAUUUUAUAAAUGAAACGUGUAGUUCAGUGUUUAAAAUAAAAAUAUAUAUCAUGUACUU